GGUUUUAAACCAAUGAUCUCCACUGAACUUGUCCAGCAUGUUAGAGGAUCGACAAAGUGGAUGGUGUGUCACAGAUCCUAAACAAUUUCAAUUGGAAGAAUUUUUUUUUAACGGAAAUAAAGUUGCGUGAAAUCGCUUUCAAGUGAGUAAAUUGUUCAUAUACGUCCUUUAGCUGAAACUUUCGUGGGCACAUCGAAUACGGGUACCCGAACAUUCAGCAGAGUGAAAACAACACGAUAAGAGAGCCGGGAUUAGAAUAUACACCGUGGUUGUCAAAUUUCCUCGGGGUCCAAAGGUCGUGUGCGUUAUGGUUACUGGGUUUGGAGAUGACCCUGGCCGAGCGAGGUAUUUACAUACAAAAUUACAAAAACAUUAAAACUCCACGCAGGAAAAGGGGGACACUGCGAGCUCGCUUGACGAGGCCAGACCAGGUAAGUAUUCUCCGGAGGAGGGCGGGGUUACCUACGAACAGAUCUAGUUCCUCGUCUCGCUCCGCUGGACAGAUAAGAUAUAAGUAAAAAAGGUCUAUGCUGACUUCCUCGUGUUGUAUGGAUCUCGUUGGUGAGACUGUGUCGUGAGAUCUGCUAGUAUCCACAGCAAGGACGACUAUGUCGGUACCCGCUGUAGAGAAAGUGGAGCUUUCGGAGGCCCUCGGGAAGGUGAAUUCCCUGGGGGGUCUCCUCCACUGUGGGAGUUCCCCCAGCAUUGAGGGCAUGUCACUGACCGUACAGUAUCAGGUGAAUUUUGAUACCAACUUUGAAGACAGGAAUGCUUACGUCACAGGUGUGGCCAGGUAUAUCGAAGAAGCGACUGUACACGCUGACAUGAACAAGUUAAUAGAGGAAGCACAAGAGUAUGCCGUCAUGUUGUACACGUGGAGAUCUUGUUCGAGGGGUUUACCACAGAUACAAAGCAACAACCAGCCAAACAGGGAAGAGAUUUACACAAAAAUAGUGGAGGUCCUCGAGCCAAUGAUGUCCAAGCUAAAGGACUUCAUGAAGUUUACAACGAACAGUAUACACAAGUUUGGGGAGGAAAUCAAACGGCUGUGCCACCCCGCCAGGAAAAAUGAUUUUAUUUCGGAGGCAUAUUUGCUGACCAUUGGAAAGUUCAUCAACACUUUUGCAGAGCUGAAUGAACUAACCAACAUGAAGGCUAGCGUCCAGAACGAUUAUGCUGCGUACAGGCGAGCUACUCAGUUCUUAAGACUGAUGUUGGACCCUCAGGCUCUAGCCGAGUCUCAGAAUCUGUCCUUGUUCCUGGCAACUCAAAACAAAAUCCGGGAUCUGCUGAAGCAGGCGUUGGAGACGACCCCGGGGUACGAGGAACUGCUGGCGGACGUGGUCAACAUCUCGUUACACAUGUACGAAAACAAGCUGUUCCUGGAGCCAGGCGAGAAAAACAUGUUAAUUAAGGUGAUGGCUUUUGGUCUUUUUCUAAUGGACAACAAAGAAAAUAGUAUCUACAAAAUGGAGAGCAAAAAACGACUCAACCUGUCUAAGAUAGACAAGAUACUCAAGCAAAUGGACGUUGUGCCCCUGUACGGUGAUAUGCAAAUGAAGCCGUAUUUCUAUAUAACAAAGAGCCAGAACUUUGACUCCUCGAGGUGGAGUCAUUGUGAAUCAUCCCAGCCGAGCCCCCAGUCCCAAAUCCUGUCCAGUUUGGAAUCACUCCGAGAGAGUCACACGGAAUAUGUGUCAGAAUUAGCGCGGCGGAGCAAUGAAAAAAUGACGUCCUCUGACAAAAGCCCAGUCACCGACGCAGAAAACAAGGAGAUGUAUGACCUGGCACUGCGCGGAUUGACCCUGUUGUCCUCCUGGACUCAAAGGGUCAUGGAACUGUACUGCUGGAAGUUGUUGAAUCCCACGGACACACACACCACUCCUGAUUGUCCAAAGGAUGCUGAGGAAUAUGAAAGGUCCACCCGUUACAACUACAGCAGUGAGGAGAAGUUUGCUGUGGUGGAAGUGAUCGCCAUGAUUAAGGGGCUACAACUCUUGAUGGCUAGGAUGGAGCCCGAAUUUCUCCCUGCUAUCAGACGACACAUAUACUCCUCACUCCAAGAUUUCGCCCAGAUAUUUCUACGAGAGCCUUUACGACGAGCAGCGAAAAAGAAAAAUGAUCUCCUUAAAAUGGUAAUAUUGUCUGUCCGGGAUUCGUGUAUAGAUUGGAAGGACGGCGUAGAACCCGAGUCGGAUCCGGCGAUCAAAGGAAAGAAGGACCCGGAAACUGGAUUCCCGAUAUCCGUACCAAGGAAAUGUGUGGCCCCAUCCGCGACCCAGCUGUACAUGGUGAGAACAAUGCUGGAGUCCAUCACAGACCGCAGUACUGUGGGGGUGAAGAGGUCAGUCAAGAAGGAACUGGAGAGUCAACAAGUGACCGCCAUCAACCAGUUCCUGAAGCAGUCCUUCUACUGGAACUACCUCCUCAACUUCAAUAAGUCGCUUCAUGCCUGCGGUGAUCUCUCACAACUGUGGUUCAGAGAAUACUUCUUGGAGAUGACAAUGGGAAAGCGAAUACAGUUUCCGAUCGAAAUGUCCAUGCCCUGGAUUCUGACUGACCAUGUUCUAAAUACCAAAGAGCCUUCAAUGAUGGAGUACAUACUGUAUCCCCUGGAUCUGUACAAUGAUAGCGCCCAAUACGCCAUCAUGAAAUUCCACAGACAGUUCCUUUAUGACGAGGUGGAAGCAGAGGUGAAUUUGUGUUUUGACCAAUUUGUGUACAAACUAAGUGAACAAAUGUUUGCCUAUUAUAAACACCUUGCGGGUAGCAUUAUGCUGGACAAGAGCUUUCGAGCAGAGUGUGCAAAAAAGGGACACAAGAUUCCAUAUCCAGUCGCAAAUCGGUAUCAUACCUUAUUAAAACAACAGCAUGUACAGGUACUCGGUCGAUCCAUUGACUUGAAACACCUAAUUGGUCAGCGAAUCAACGCUUCCCUACUGAAAUCUUUGGACAUUGCCAUAUCGAGGUUCGAGGCUGGUGAUUUGACAGGCAUUGUGGAACUUGAAAAACUCAUUGAAGUCAACAAGUUGACCUAUAAACUGAUGAAAGACUUGCUUCCAUUGGAUGAUUUUGACAGCAUGUUGAACGAAGCAAACAACAAGGUGACUGGUCCGUUUGGACGUAUCACUCUUCACGUGUUCUGGGAAAUCAACUAUGAUUUCUUACAGCAUUACUGUUACAAUGCCGCCACAAACAGGUUUAUCAAAGCAACGUUUUUGAUUGCGCCUGAACAGUGUGAUCGAGAGAAGGCACCUAGUCCAUCGCAUGCCUUUUUGUGGGGAACGAAGGCUCUGACAACAGCGUAUAGCAGCAUCUUUAAGCCGUUCCACGGAUUCAUAGGGCCACCUCACUUCCGGUCUCUAUGUCGUCUGAUCGGUUACCAUGGAAUAGCUCUGGUUGUUGAGGAAUUACUCAAAGUUGUGGAAAAUAUUCUGAAGGGUACUUUGUUGGAUUACGUCCAGGCUCUAAUGACUUUGAUGCCGGAGAAAUGUAAACUGCCAAGAUAUGAUUAUGGAUCCCCAGGUAUUGCACAGUUUUACAGCGAAAUGUUGAGCGACAUAAUUCAAUAUCCGGAUCUUCGCACCGACGUCUUUCAAAGUUUCCGCGAAAUCGGCAACGCCAUACUUUUAACAUUACUGAUGGAACAGGCAUUGACACAGGAAGAGAUGUGCGACUUAAAACAAGCUGCCCCGUUCCAGAACGUGAUUCCAAAACCAUUCAUCCCAAUUAAAGAGGGAGACGACAGAAAGCAAAAGGAAAAGGAGCUACGUGAGGCCUUACAAGCGCUAGAGACCAAGUAUGCCUCACAGCAAAUCGUUCCGGUCAUCGGCCGUUGUGGUAAUGCCCAGCAAUCGGAUUUGGUGGCUUCGUGUGAUCUGCUGACCAGAGAACGGUUGUGCUGUGGCUUAUCAAUGUUUGAAGUCGUCCUCAACAAGAUCAAAACAUUUCUGGAGGAUAAGACGUGGCAUGGUCAACAUCCCAAAAAUGACGUCAUCAACAUUGACGAGUGUACUGAAUUCCACCGACUGUGGAGCGCCCUGCAGUUUGUGUACUGUAUGCCAAUCCGGGAAAAUGAAUAUUCCAUUGAAGAAUUGUUCGGGGAGGGCCUGAACUGGGCAGGUUGCGCCCUCAUUAUCCUCUUGUCACAGCAACGGAGGUUUGAGGCGCUGGAUUUCUGUUACCACGUUCUCAAGGUCAACAGGGUGGACCAGAAACAGGGUACCAUAAUGGGCCACCAACUCUCCAGCCUGGUGGGACGAAUUAGAUGGUUCCAGGUUCUCAAUACACAGAUAUUUGACAUCUUCAAGAAAUACUUAAAUGCCAGUGAACUACCGGAGAACGCCGUAGAGAACAUUACGUGCUUCACCCCGCCCAUUCACCCAUCGUUACUUAACAACUAUAUAGAUUCGCAGAUCAAAGAGACCAUUCCUCUAAAGGAGGGAUCGGAUACGUACAACACCUGGUUGAAUCCACCGGUCCCAAUCUACUUCCAGAUCUAUGUUUUAGAUCUACAGAAUCCAAUUGAGGUGGUGAAACACGGGGCCAAGCCAGCGUUCACAGAAAAAGGUCCCUACACUUACCGAGAACAUAGACAGAAGUGGCAGAUUUCCCAUUUUGAGAAUGGAACACUCUCCUACAGAGAGAACAGGAGCUUUGUCUUUGAGAGGGAGAAAUCUUCAGGAUCUCACGAAGAAAAAUUUACCACUGUCAAUCUCAUCAUGGUGACCAUUGCUGAAAUCAUCAGAAGAGAAUAUUCCUGGAUUCAAGAGCUGGUGGAGCUGGUGUUAGACUGGGGGGACGACAGUAACCUCUUUACGAAGCUGUCUGUCAAAGAAAUCAUGUGGGGAUACGAAGAUCCGUUACUGAAGAAAGUCAAGGCCAUAUUGCAGAAAUAUGUCAAUACAACCACAUUUGAUGACAAAUUUGGUUUGUUUUACAAUCAAAAUGGUUCAGAUGAUGGGUUGUAUACAAUUUAUUCAGGAAUAAAGUCUUGGGAAAACUUUGGAAUGAUACAGCUGUGGAAUAAAGAAAGUUCUUUAAAGUUCUGGACCACACCGCAGUGCAAUAUGAUAAAUGGAUCAGAUGGGACAAUAUUUCCACCUUUUGAGGAUAAAGGAAGAACAUUGUAUAUAUUUUCAUCUGACAUUUGCAGAUCUAUAUACACUGUGUAUCAGAAACCGGUGACCUUGAAGGGCAUUGAUUUGAUGAGGUAUGCGGUUCCCCCGAAGGUGUUCUUGAACCACACCCUGAACCCAGACAACCAAGGGUUCUGUACCCCAAAGGGUGUCUGUCUUCCUUCUGGACUCCUGAACGUCAGCUCCUGUAGACAAGGAGCACCUGUCAUUAUGUCACAGCCCCACUUCCUGGCCGCAGAUAAAGAGAUGGUGCAAGACAGAGUAAUCGGAUUGGUUCCUGAUCCAGAACAACAUGGGACCAUUCUGGAUGUAGAACCUAAAACUGGGGUGGUAAUGAAUGCCCAGAAGAGAUUACAACUAAAUGUUUACAUCAGGAACGUCUCUCAUAUUAGGGAUACAGCUAACAUUGAUCACAUAUACUAUCCUGUUAUUUGGUUGAAUGAGAGUGCCUUAAUUGAUGAUAAAAGUGCUAACAAGUUCAAAAAUCAACUACUUAUGCCCAUCAAGUUAACAAAAGCUGCAGAGUAUGGACUUAUUGUACUGGGAGCCUUUAUGCUGAUCUGUACUGCAGCACUGUUCAUUAAACAAAAAGUUUCAAGCAAGCCAGAAGAUGAUCUUGUAGAUGUUAAUCAAUGUAACACAAACUCGGACAGACACCCCAUUCUUAAUUAGGACCGGGGACUGAAAGAAAUGUAGCUACUGUGAGGACUUGAACAAUGUUGGGUUAACUGCUUACUUUUACAAUUAAUAUAUGCAAUGAAAAAAGGGAACUGUACAUAUAGUUCUUUUAUGUGCAUAAACAUAAAGCUAAGCCACUUUUGCCAUGACAUAUUUACUAUUAUGUUCUAUUGUUGCAUUGUCAACAUAUAUGUGAUGAUAUUUUACACACCUGUUUUGUGAGCUGUUCAUUUAUUUGGCAUUUGUAUAAUAAUUUUUAUUAUUGCUAAACAUGUUUCUGUUAAUGAACACGAUAUCACCAUAUAACAAACUUUUGGUCAAUUUUCUCCGAUUGAUCAAUGUCAACUUUUUGGAGAAAUACCUAUUUUCUUACUGUGCCUUUUAAAUAUGGAUGAUUUAUGAUGGUGCAUGCUAAUUAAUGAAAUUUAUUGAUUUUGUUUGCAAAAAAUAUUGUCAAUGCUGAAGAAAGAUGUUUGUGCAUUAAUUAGUUUUCAGUCUUGGUAUUAAACAUUUUCAGGUUGUUAGCCUACCACAAAUCAACAUUGCCUUUUUCAUUUAAUAUAUAGCAUAUGUAUAAACUUGCGGAUUUUAAAUAUGCUAUUUCAGAUGUAAGGCUUUUGGAUUUUGUGCAGUUAUGCUUUCAAUAAUAUUUUAACUGUAUAGCAGUUGAAACUGAAAAUUAUACCCAAGAGCAGUACUGUAUUUAGAAAAGUUUAGUAAGCAGAUUUGUUUGCAGUUAGAUUUUAUAUUGACUAUAGAUUUUGAGACUGAAAUAAUUAUACAAAUGAUAUUAUAGAUAAGGAAUUUAUAUUUUGAACAUGUUUUUUUUCCCAUAAAUGCUCAACAUUUGCAUGAAGAAUGCUUUCAUAUAUAUUUUUUGCAGGCCAAUGUCUAGUCAUUAUAUGUGACAGCUAAUCAAAGAUAUCCUCCAUUAUUUUGCUAUGUAUAUGUUUUUAUGCAUCCAUGACCCUGGUACAUGUAAUUUGCUUUUGGUUCGUUUUUAUGUCUUGUCUAAAUUUUGCUCUCCUAGAUUUGAACUAAAUGUAUGUCAAUGAAUCAAAUUCAGAUUGAGCGAGCAGUAUUAAUUGUUUUAAAUCUAAGUUGAGAAUACUUUCAAUCCAUGUUGUUAAUAGGGUAUUUUAUUUCAUCUUCUGUUACUAUUGCUUAUUUUUUAUAUUUGUUUACUGACAGAACUUAAGGGGAAAAUAAUUCAAUAAUUCUAUGGGUUGAAAAUAUUGGCUUAGAAAGUACUGUGUACUACCGAAGUUUAAUAUCCCUGGUGCAUCUGUCGAAAAAAGGGUAUUUUGCUUGUAAAUACAAUUCUGUGUACAAUGAAUCAUUGUAAUUGCAUCAUCAAUGUCAGUGAUGAUGUCAUUACAAUAAUUUAUGUGUAUCAUAAUCCUGCUGAUAAUCAUUCUUAAUGCUUUUACAAGUUUUGCAUCAGAUAGACUCUGUUUUAUGUGGCUUGGAGACAGUUAUAUAUAUCACUUGUUUAUUUGUCAAAUAUUAAUUAUUCUGUGUAACUGAUCAUGCGGCCAAUAAAACAACAAACGCAA